AUGACCCAGGAACACUUGCUGGCUGGCUUGAGGAAGGAUGUACGUUCGCUGCUGGUAUCGGCCAAGCAUGGGCUGGCUCCUGAACAGCUGAAACGGGACUACCAAAAAAUGCUUGGAUAUGCCCUCCCUCUGAAACGUCUGGGAUUUUGCAGUGUUUUAGACAUGGUUAAAGAAAUGCCAGACGUCGUGCUUGUGGAUUACUCACGAGAUGGCAGUAUAUUGUUAAAAGCUGUAGGAGAUGAAACCACAAAGGGAAUAGAGGAGCUUGUGUCAAAACAACGUAGUCAAAAACCAAAGGCGUCCUACCACAGAUCAAGGGUUGGGGCUUUGUCUUUUCACUACCCCCAUGGAGGUCCUCCCGUCCUCUCUCGCCGUCACACUCUGCCUACCCUUCCCGCUCAGCUCCGUAGUCAGCUGCGCCAGUUGCUGUCCCAUGGACCGAUUGGACUUUCAGAGCUGGAAACCAAAUAUGCCUCUCAGUUUGGCAGACCCCUCCAAAUCACACAGUAUGGAUUCUACAGUGUUGCAGAGAUGCUGGCUGCAGCUUCUGAUCUUAUAGCUGUGAGACAGAGUCGCACAGGAUCCCAGCUGCUUCUGAGAAACACUGUGGCACCAGUUAAACAGUCUAAAACUCUGACACCCAGGCCUAGCAAACACAAACUGUUAAGCGCUAUUAACAGACUGUCACCUAACACAGUCUUCAGCAAUGGUCAGGGGAGCGCUUCUUCAAGUCUCAAUGUAGCUUCUCCAAAGAACACCCACCAAGAUGUUCUACGUCACUCUUCACCAGGGUCUGAAUCCCUGCCAAAACCUGUGAGGGAAAAUCAGUCUUUUGAAAAGUCUGUCACAAAGCUUGAGGAGGAACUUAAGCAUUGGAUUGUUGAGAAUGGAGAUGCUGGGACUGUCAGCCAGGAAGUGAAAGAGAAGCUUCGAAAGGUUGUGUCUGAGACUAAGGAAGGACUUUCCAUUCACAGUCUACCAGCAGAGUACAAGAAAAUGUUUGGUGAAGACUUGCCUGUGACACAGUGUGGCUUCCUGAGUGUGACUGAGAUGGUUGGUGCUUUGAGUGACACGCUUUGUCUCCAACCAGACCCUGUAGAGGGCGGGAAUCAUUGGAUCGUCACAGAACUCAAGGACGGUGAUGCCGAGACAGGGUUCUCUCAAAAUGAAGAUUCUAGUGCAUCUGACCUAUCAGAGUCCCUGAGCCCCCCCAGCAAAGGGGCCUACUUCAGCUGCGUUGAGUCUCAGUGGGAAGGUCGAACUGGGGAAGAUGGUUCCUCAGGGGAUUCAGAAGGAGUCUCUGAACUCAGGAUUUCCAACAAGACCGUCCAUCAGAUGAUGAACAUCUUCCCUAUGAACGUGUUGAACUGCGGAUCAUCGGUGCCACUGGAUGCCAUACAGUGCCAGAAGCUGAAGACCCCCACGCGCAGGAGAGAGAGAGAACUGGUGUCAGUGCUGGUGGAGAGGGUGGAGACGCCCGGUCACUUCUACAUCCGUCUCAGUGAGAACACAGAGGCCAGAGCUCUGGAAAACAUGAUGCUAGAAAUGAGGAGCUGUUAUUCAUGCCCUGGUAUUUCUGAGAGGUACCAGCUUCCUGACGCCUAUAUUCGGCCAGGGCAGGUGUGCUGCGUGACCCCCAGGGACAUAUGGUUCUAUCGGGUUGUUAUCCACAGAGUGACCAGCUCGUCAGAGGUGGAAGUGUAUUACGUGGACUUUGGAGAUGUCAGCAAAGUGAACAGGAGCAGCCUGAGGUUCCUCAAAUCUUGUUAUGCAGAGCUCCCAGCCCAAGCAGUUCCAUCAAUGCUCAUUGGAGUGAAACCAGUUGAAAGCAGCUGGACGAGGAACGCGACAAACCUUUUUCAGAAGCUGUGUUGUGAGCGUACCUUGGUGGCGGCUAUCCAUGGUUACCAGCGUGACUUCCUGCAGGUCUUCCUGUGUGACACCCAUAUGGAGGAGGAUGUGUAUAUCCACAGUGCCCUCUAUGACGAGGGGCAUGCUGUGCUCUGUUCCCCUGGCAAAUGUGAACAGAUGAUUGCGACGGCAGCACAAUUCAAUCCAGUGACCCUUUACCUCGGAGAGGGCCAGCUCGAUGAAGUGCCAGAGCCUUACAGUUCACUGACAUCAUCUCACACUCCUAAUGUACAGAACCAUUGUUCAGAGAUUGGCUAUGAGAACAAUCCCUCUACAAAUGACCAGGAAAACCUUAUAGAUCUUCCUGAACUGGAGUUUAUUGACGUUGAUGAGAUGAGCACUUUGUGUAAGGUGGGGAAUGCAAAUCCAUUUGGGGCUCUUCUGUGCAAACAGACAGAAAACUACAGCAACUGGGAUGAGGGAUGGCUUCCCGACAGCAACAAAGAUGAGACAAAGACUAUAUCUGUGCCAGCGAGUGAAGACAAUGAAGCAAAAGUUGCGUCUGAGACGCAGUCUUCUGUUUCACCCAGCCAGGCGGGCAGUGCUACCCUGCCGCACUGUGGACAUGUAGAGCAGGAUCCUGGUGUGGCUCACCUACAGUCCACCCUGAACACCCUCAGUCUUCACACCCCUGGGCUGGGACAGACCCAGAGCAGUGAAACAGCAGAUCUGACCAGCAAACCGCCUCAUCCUGUGUCUCCAAGCCUCGUGUUCUCAUUGUUUGGCAUAAGAGACGGAAUACGCGCGGACAAGCUCUUCCUGCGUAACGCUUCACCUUUAGCGCUGAGCCCAGCCGCCCGACUGGCCGCUGGAAGCAAUCUCUGUUCCUGGUAUCCUCAGAAAAUGGCCUGA